CUGGUCAGUCAGGCGAUCGUCCGUCUGGAAUCCCAAAGAAAAAACGAAGAGAGUUAACUGCUCUGGUUGGCUGCUGCACACUGCCGGUUUGGGCUCAGUCAGUCGGUUAGUGUCUUCAGUUGUCCAUAAGUGGGCCAGGUUCGUCGCUUUCCCAACUUAAAUCUCCGCAAUUUUUGAAAGGAUCUUAUUGAAAAUAGUGUUUACGUGACCGUUUCACUAUGCGCAGCAUCAUUAAAAUAACGACGUCUUUUGAAUUACGUUAGAUUAGUUGUUUUGAAAGGUUUUUUCAAUCGAUUGGAUUCACUGAUUUGAGGAUCAUUAUUUUUGUUGGCUUAUGCUUUCGGGUGGUGUGAGUGAGGUGCAAAAGAAUUGGCUUACCUGUUGCACAAACAUAAGCUCAGGAUCGAAGAUCUCGAUGUGUUUACGGUUGAUGCUUGUUGGUUUUAUCGCACGUGUUUUGUUUAUGCUCCAUCGUGCCCUAUGUGGUUUGUUGCGUAUUGCGUAAGAAAGCGAGACGCCGAUCAAAACAUAAAACGUGAUCAUUCUUUAGCGGGCUAGAGAACGUGUUUUGUGUAUUUACUUGAUUUGUUUACGACUCGGCGAGAGCUGGUGAAUGACCCAAGUGGUGCUGGGCCUGCGCGAGUGAAUUUAUUUUGAGACGCAUAUCGGCAAGGAAUCUCGAUUGAAUGAAAUACGAAAUUAGCUACCACAGUGACUCCGAGAAGAUGGGAAGCCGUGCGCAGUCUGUGAUCUGUGACAAGGUGCUGGCAGGAUUGCCGCAGCUGUUGGAUGAUCUACAGAAACUGUCCGACGAUCAGGACACGGCGGAUGUGGUGUUUAUUCUGGGGACAAUCGAAGAGAGGAUCUACGCACAUCGGAUUAUUUUGAUGGCAAGGUGCAAAUCCUUUCAAACACAAAAACGUGGCGAGAUAUGCCGAAUACCUGGAUGCUCGGUUCUCCCAUCUGCCCCCGGAACACCCACUCCCAUCCGUCUGCCACAUAUUGAACCGGACAUAUUUCGUCAGUUCAUUCUCUACGUGUACACUGCAAAGAUUAUGUUGCAGGACUCGAAGGUAUUCGAAAUGAUGACCUUGGCGCAGGAUCUUGGCGUUGAGGAGCUCAAAAUCGCCUGCGAGGAACACGUGAGAACCACCAUGUCGGUAGCCAAUGCAUGUACGUUUCUUGCCGCCGUUAUGGAAAUUCAAGAGAAAGCUUCAGGUGCAAAAUUUGCCACACCAUUUUUGGAGAAAUGCAUCACCUACAUCGCAGAAAAUGCAUCGGAAUGCGUAAAGACAAAUGCUUUUCUAAAUUUAACCAAGGAAGGAUUGAUUCAGGUCAUUUCCUAUGAUAAUCUUGGCUUAGAGGAAGAA